AUGGCUGAAGAUGAUACAUUGGUCAUUGAAGUCCAGUACAACGGGAACUUCUUCCCGAGACCAUUUAUGUAUCUUGAUCCGGAUAAAAAGGAGAUAAGGAUGUGCAAAUAUGUAUACUAUUGUCCAGACGGCCAAACAUUGUGUCAAGGAUUGGCCACAUUGCAAAAUGAUUGUGAUUAUCAUGAAUUUCUUGAGUAUCUUCAUGAGAAAAAGAAAGUAACUGUGUAUGUGGACCAUAUCCAUGAACCCUUGUUUGACUGGAUUGAAAUGGAGGAGCCUGAACUUGAAGAUGAUACCAACUCCAACGAAGAUGAAGUUGAUGUAAUAGAUAAAGAGGGUUAG